AUGAAAAUUCCCGCAAAUAAGUCCUUCUCUGAGGGGGUGGAGGUCACACAGCUGGCACAGCUGGUAUCACAACCAACUCGAGGCGACCCAGAGGAAGAUGCUGCGCCAAGAGAAGCAAAGCGAAGGAGCGCGACCCAGGAGGCUAGCGAAAUCCCCGCCGAGUCCCCAGGAGGCGGAGAGAAGCCCAGUCGCCAGGCACCGGCCACAGCGCACGCCAACAUUCAGGAUAAUUCUCCUUUCCAAGCCCCGGAGUUCCGGGGCAGGCGAAAAAGGGGGGAUGGGAGACCCACAGUCCCUUUAACCCUCCCCCCCGGUCUGCCAACCUUUUCCGAACCCCCAUGUCACACAACUUCCUCAUCAUGGAAACUUCCACUGGGUUCGGCGCUGAGGAUGCCAAACUCCAUUUCACAAGGAACAUGUCAACAGCUGGGCUUGGGGUUUGAGGAACAGAGCCGCUGCGACUGGAACAGAGCCCGGCCACCCUGUUCCACCACUGUCCAAGCCGUAGCUCCCAGCCUGCCGCCGCGCGGUGCCCGAACACGAGAGGGCACCUCCUCCCAGAUCCGGGGCGCAGAAGCCCAGCGGAGGCAGGUAAUCAGGCUGAUGACACCCCCACCACCCACGCCCGCCCGCCCGCCCGCCCGCGCGCGCCCGGCUUAGCCGCCCGCACCCCUCCGGGUUCUUGCGACACUCCGUCACCAUCCCGCCCACCCUGUGGACAGUUGGAACUGUCGCCCCCUCCUCCCCUCACCCCGCUGCCUCCGCGCGGUCCUCUAGCCAAAUUACCAGUGCCCUGAAGCCGGUUGGGUUGAGCGCCCCUGCCCGGGGAAGGUAGCCUGCGGGCUCUUGCCCCGAGCCCGCGGAGCAGGAGGUCUCUUUUCCAAGCGCACUCACAUUAUUCAUGCAA